GAAAUUGUUAAUAUUUGCUGAAAUGAAUGGUUUUUAGGGGAAGGAGAAACACAUGGCUUCAAAGUGACGUGAAGGCCUCUUUCUAAUAUUAUUGUUUUUUUUAGUCUAAACCGACCAACCAAAGCAAUCAAAGAAAAGCUGUCAAAUCAAGGAAAUCCCAGAAAUUUUUGCCGAGGAAGAUUUGAACUUUUUGCUUGACACGCAGUUAGCUUAACUCUACUUUAUUAGCAAGCACUAUAUGUAUAUCAGAGGAGAUGAAAAAGAGCCCCCCACUAGAGAGAGAAAGAGGGAGGAGAUAUAGACAUAUAAUAGAGCAUGCCUUGUCGGCCAUUAGUGCUUCAAUGGAGAACUCAGGCCCGUCUCUUGGAUUCAUCUAGAGAUCCCGAUCGAGCAUCCUCGCCAUUUGUGCCCAAAAAGUGAAGUGAUUCUUACUUUAAGCGAAGACUCGCUUCUCUUGCUACUCUUUGAUUACUGCUUAUUGGCUUACGCAGGAGUAUCAGGUGUCAGAUGAUCAGGUUACAUUAUACCCUUGAUCCAUCCAUACGUUUUUGAAAUGGCGGCGGAUUUUACAUCAACGAGAUUUUUUGAAGUGGGGUUCAUUGGAUUUCUGAUUGUUUCUACACUGCUAGUCUUAACUUCAGAGGGGUUGAAUUUUGAGGGGCAAAACCUCUUGGAGCUAAAGAAUGGUAUUCUCGAUCCAUACAAUUAUUUGGAGAACUGGAACUCCACUGAUAUGACUCCUUGUGGGUGGAUUGGUGUGAGUUGCAGUUCAGGUUACGAGCUGGCUGUGUGGUCUCUUGAUUUAAAUUCGAUGAAUCUUUCAGGAGUCGUAAGUCCCAGUAUUGGUGGUUUGAACCACUUAACACAUCUUAGCCUUGCAUACAAUCAGUUCACUGGAGACAUACCGAGGGAAAUUGGAAACUGUUCAAGGUUGCAAUUCCUUUAUUUGAACAAUAAUCAGUUCAGUGGGCAAAUUCCUCUCGAACUGGGUCAAUUGUAUUUCCUAAGAAGUUUGAAUAUAUGCAAUAACAAAAUUUCUGGUCCUAUUCCGGAGGAGCUUGGAACUCUGUCUUUGCUGUUAGAGUUUGUGGCAUACACCAACAAUCUGACUGGGCCGAUACCUCUUUCUAUUGGCAAUCUCAAGAAUCUAAGAACUUUCAGAGCUGGACAAAAUGGAAUUUCUGGUAGCAUUCCAGUAGAAAUAGGUGGAUGUCAGAGUUUAGAAUUGCUUGGUCUUGCCCAAAAUUAUUUAGGAGGAGACUUACCCAGGGAACUAGGGAUGCUUGGGAGGUUGACAGAGAUUAUUCUAUGGGAUAACCAACUGUCAGGUUUCAUCCCAGUAGAGCUUGGGAAUUGCACAAACCUUCAGACCCUUGCAUUGUAUGGGAAUGCUCUCGCGGGGCCAAUCCCAUCAGAGAUUGGGAGUCUGCAGUUUUUGAAGAAAUUAUAUCUGUAUAGGAACCAGUUGAAUGGUACCAUUCCAAAAGAGAUUGGAAAUUUAUCUGCAGCAACAGAAAUUGAUUUCUCGGAGAACUAUUUGACAGGUGAGAUCCCAGCCGAGUUCAGCAACAUAAAGGGUCUACAGCUACUAUACCUCUUUCAAAACCAACUUACAGGUGUAAUACCAAAUGAGCUUAGUAGCUUGAGGAACUUGACGAAGCUUGAUCUCUCGAUCAAUAACCUUACUGGUCCCAUUCCGUUUGGGUUUCAGUAUUUGACUGAAAUGCGCCAGUUACAGCUUUUUGACAACUAUUUAAGUGGUAAUAUUCCUCUAGAGCUUGGACUAUAUAGUGCACUUUGGGUGGUUGAUUUUUCAGAUAACCGCCUGACAGGAAGAGUACCUCCUCAUUUUUGUCGACAUUCUAACUUGAUUUUGUUGAACCUCGAGUCUAAUAACCUGUUUGGAAAUAUCCCAACCGGGAUCUUGAACUGCAAGACAUUGGUACAGCUUCGUCUGGUAAGGAACAAGCUUACUGGUACCUUUCCCUCAGAGCUUUGCAAAUUAUUGAACCUGUCUGCUAUUGAGUUAGAUCAGAACAGGUUCACUGGUCCACUUCCUCCUGAGAUUGGAAACUGUCAAAAGUUGCAGAGGCUUCAUAUUGCAAACAAUUACUUUACUUCUGGGUUGCCUAAGGAAAUAGGUAGCUUGUCCCAGCUAGUAACAUUUAAUGUUUCAUCUAAUUUGCUCACUGGACGAAUUCCGCCUGAAAUUAUCAACUGCAAGAAGCUUCAACGACUUGAUCUCAGCCACAACAGCUUUGUAGAUGCUUUACCGCAUGAGCUUGGAACCCUCCUGCAACUGGAACUUCUCAAGCUUUCAGAAAAUAGGCUCUCUGGACGUAUACCUUCUACGAUAGGAAACCUUUCUCAUUUGACUGAGUUGCAGAUGGGUGGCAACUUAUUUUCUGGUGAAAUACCGCCAGAGUUGGGUUCUCUUUUAAGCUUGCAGAUUGCGAUGAAUCUCAGUAAUAAUAAUCUUACUGGGAACAUACCGCCUGAAUUUGGGAAUCUAUAUUUACUUGAGUUCCUACUGCUAAAUAACAAUCAUUUGAGUGGUGAAAUUCCCAGUACAUUAGAAAAUCUGUCAAGUUUGCUAGGGUGCAAUCUUUCGUACAAUGAUCUUACAGGACCUAUACCUGCAGUGCCACCGUUUAAGAACAUGGCAGUCAGCAGUUUUAUUGGGAACAAAGGGCUCUGUGGCGGGCCUCUUGGCGAUUGUAGUGCCAAUCCAUCUUCUUCUUCUGUACCUCCUCUGGAAGGUGUGGGAGCUCCUCGAGGUAGAAUCAUAACAUAUGUUGCAGCUGCUAUUGGUGGUGUUUCUCUCAUUCUAAUAGCCAUUCUUCUGUAUUUCAUGAGGCGUCCUACUGAGACAGUCAUUGCAUUGCAAGACAAGGAGAUAUCAUCAUCAGAAUCAGAUAUCUACUUCCCUCCAAAGGAUGGACUCACUUUACAACUUCUGAUUGAGGCUACAAACAAUUUUCAUGACAGCUUUAUUGUGGGAAGGGGAGCUUGUGGAACAGUUUAUAAGGCGGAUAUGCCUUCUGGGCAAACUGUUGCCGUUAAAAAGCUUGCAUCUAACCGUGAAGGUAGCAGUAUUGAGAACAGUUUUCAGGCGGAGAUUUUGACUCUUGGAAAGAUUAGGCACCGUAACAUUGUGAAGCUCUAUGGCUUCUGCUAUUACCAAGGUUCCAAUAUUCUUCUAUAUGAGUACAUGGCAAAGGGUAGUCUGGGUGAAUUGCUGCAUGAGUCCUCUUACAGCUUGGAAUGGCCAACUCGCUUCACAAUUGCUUUUGGGGCUGCUGAAGGUCUUGCUUAUCUUCAUCACGACUGUAAACCAAGGAUAAUUCACCGUGACAUAAAGUCCAACAAUAUUCUACUUGAUGCUAACUUUGAAGCUCAAGUUGGCGAUUUUGGUUUGGCGAAAAUAAUUGACAUGCCACAAUCUAAAUCAAUGUCAGCAGUCGCAGGAUCAUACGGAUACAUCGCACCAGAAUAUGCAUACACCAUGAAGGUUACCGAGAAGUGUGAUAUCUAUAGCUAUGGAGUCGUCUUAUUGGAGUUGAUAACCGGAAGAACUCCCGUACAGCCACUGGAUCAGGGAGGUGAUCUUGUUACAUGGGCGAGGCGCUAUAUUCGAGACAAUUCACUGACGUCUGAGAUGUUUGAUACACGAUUGAAUCUCGAGCAUCAAAGCGUUGUUGACCAGAUGAUUGCUGUCAUGAAAAUUGCUUUGAUGUGCACCAGUAUGUCUCCAUCUGAUCGGCCAUCGAUGCGGGAAGUUGUGCUGAUGCUUAGUGAGUCUAAAGAGCGGGAAGAAAGGAACCUUGUUUCGUCUCGAACAUAUGAUCUUCCUCUAAAAGAUGAUGCCUUAUAAAAGUGUAAGUCUCCAUUUCCCAUUUUCAUUAACUGCAAUGAUUUUUUUUGUUCUGAUUCUUCCUCAUAUUAUUUGCAAAAGGAGAAGAUGAUGUCAUGUACAUUGUUUCACAAGAACAAAAAGAAAACAUUAGAAGAGCUUCUGAUAUAAAUUUACAUUAGAAGAGCUUCUGACAUAAAUUUAUGGGAGUUACACUGAUAUAGUUCUCUAAUUUGUAUUUACUCCGACGGAUAAAUGUACAGCUGAGCUGACAGUACCAUACAUGUACCUUGAAAGGUUCUGAUGUCAAAUGAGUUGUCUGAAGUUGAAUAUUUGAUCGUUCU